UUUUUUUUUAUUCUUUUUCUUUUUUUAGAUGCACCAUUUUUUUGUUUAAUAAAUAACGUAUAUAAAAAGUGCAGAUUAAAGUGAAUAGAUCGAGAUAUCAAUGGAUAAUUUAGUAACUUCAGAUAGUAAUAAGAUUAUUUACUGCGUUGAAUGUAACGAUCAAGAGGCCUCUGUGUUUUGUGAACAAUGCGAUGAAGAUUUUUGUGAAGUUUGUUACGAUAUGCUUCAUCGUACUGGUAAUCGUCGACUACAUACCUUUAAAAAGUUAAAUCUUCAAGCAAAUAGUAAAGAGGAAACUUUAAAGAAUGGUAUAAAAAUAGAUGCUGCAAAUAAUGAAAAGAAUGAAAGAGAAAAAGACAAUGUAGCUAUGAAACAAGCUUUAUUGGAAAUGGAUGGUACAAUUAUUAACAGUAAUGGUCCUACUUUUGGUGAUUAUAUAACCAAAAGAUCUAAAACGAUACCAUUACGAUUAGAUUCUGAAGAAAGACAAUACUUGAAAUUGCUAGAAGCUGCUUUAAAUGUGUCAGAAUAUACAGAUAAAAUUGAUAUUAUAACAUAUUCAAAUAAGGCAAGAAGAAUUGUUGGACAAAUCAAGGAUUUAUGUGCUAUCAUUUCUGGUUUGUUAGUAGCAGGAGAUUAUAAAAAAGGUUCACAGUUAUUUUCAAAGAAUAAUUUACGUGAUAAUGCAACCAUCUUUCAACAAAUAUUUGAAGUUGGUAGACGACAUAAAAUUAUGAAUCCAGAAAAAAUGAGAUCGACUUAUGGUAAAUUAAUGUAUAUGCUUAUGGAUUCUUGUAUUCCCGAAGUUGAAGAAUAUCUUGGAUUUUCAUGUAUUAUCCCAAUCAAGACAGUCUAUGAUUUUUUGAAAAGUCAAGAAAGUAUUGAAGUUUUACAUGAUGAAAAUAUUGUUUUAGCUACACGAGAAAUUGUGCCUGAUUUCAAAACUCGGGGACAAAUUGAUGCUGAAGUUCAACGUAAACAGCUUGCUAUUCGAACUAUAUGUGAAAAAUAUGCAAAUGAAAGAAUUUCAAAAGAAGAUAUCGAACGCUGUUUAUUAUCUAUAUCUGAUAAUAAUGCUUUCUUAAGAGCGAAUAGAGAUCCUUGUGAUAAAAUGAUUAAAUAUCUUUCAAAAUAUUUUAAUCCAGUAAAGCAUGAACAUAAUUAUUCUUUAGCAAUUCAAGCAGGUAGAAAUGGACAUCGUUUGACACAUUCACAUUCAGCACAAUAUACAUACGUUUAUCAAUCAUUGACUUUAUGGCGUGAAAUUAUGAAUGAAAUGUUUUUACUUUGGAAUAUGGCUGAUGAAGAUUUAAUUUCACCUAAUGUGUAUAGAUUAACAAAUACAGGUCAAGGACUACAACGUAUCCAACCAUGUCCUAACGUAUCAAGAGCUAUUCAUAAAGUAUUAAAUCGAGUUCAUAAGAAAUGCGGAUCCUGGGUUGGUAGCAGUGUCGUUCAUUUAGGAGAUAAAAAUGUGCCUAAUUCAUUUAUGUUUAUUGACAAAUAUAAUCAAGUUGCACGUAUCUUGACUCCUAUUGUUAGUACCUUGGAUAAAUUAGAUUUACUUGCAAAGGAUGUUCAUGCUGCAGAAUAUAUUCAAAAUGAAUAUGGUAGUAUUGAACAAUGCCGAAAAGAUAUUUUGUAUGAUUUAUUUAGACAUGGUUUUGAUGGUUCUGGUGGUGAUAAUUAUUUCGAUGCAGGAAGUUGUAUAGACGGUAGACUUACAUCAGCUUGGAAUUGGUGCUCAACAAUUGAAAAGAAAAAGUUCUUUCCUAUUUUCCUAAUGACGGGAUUUAUUGGAUUUGAUGGAACUGAAUGGUAGAUAAUAAUAAAAGUUUACAUAGAAUUAUAUUAGACCGUAUCAAUUAAAUAAAAUAUAAUCUGCCAUGCAAGUUCAGCUUAUUUAGUAAAACAAAUUUAUUUUUAUUCUUUUUUUUUAUGUAAUAGCGUCAUAUUGUGUGUGUGUGUGUGUGUGUCAAAG